AUGAAGGUAGCACCCUCUUCAAGCGCAGUCUCGUCGCUCAAAGCGCUACAGGCCAAAGUGUUCGGCUCCACAUACAACCCCACCCAUGCACGCACAGGAGCCAAAGUGUUACGUCAAAGGUUACAAGGCCCAUCCAUGCUGGCCUACUACCCGCCCACCGUCAACUUCCGGUCGCUCGAAAAGAUUGCUCCUGGUCUGGGCAGGCUGCAGGAUAUCCGCGAGAUUCAAAGAGAGAAGGAUGUCGAGAGGAAGAAGAUGCUUGGCAAAGGUCCUCCUAAGAAGGGCCAAGGCCGACGUGCGGCUAUGAAGGGCAAGAAGAAGUAA